AUGGAGAAUGUUGGAAUCAUCACUGGGCUUCGCGUGAUAUGGCAAACUGCAAAGCAUCACCAUCAUCAUCACAAUCACUGCUCCCAUCACACUCCAGACAAAGAUAACAACGAUAACAACGAUACCCGUAAGCAAGAGAACCGGCAAAAGGCCGCCAACACCGCACCUAUGGCAUAUCGCAUGCCUCACGACCGAGACCGUCGGGUGUACAUCAUCCUCCACCAAGACGGCAUGAUAGUCACCAUCCUGGGCGUCUACGAAGAGCUGCAGGACGCCAACAGGGACUGUCUGUUCCAAGCAUCACAGGGGGGCAUCGACCUGCUGCAGGAAUCACCCACGACGGGCCCCGACAAGCACCACCUCACGCCCAUUGAGCCUGCGCGGUGGGAUACGCCAGACGGAGUGUCGUGCUGGGUGGAGAGCCAUACGGUCGAGCCGAGUAGAUUCGUGAGCUCGAAUGUCCAGACACGCAGGGCGAAUGGGUGA